UCAGUAGAGCAUGACUAGCCGCGUAGUUAAGUGACAAAGCUAUUCUGUCUUUUCUACAGACCAUAUAGGAAUCACUUACGGAGGUUAUUUAAUGAUGUCAAUUCUUUCCAAUUUGGAUUAUAGAUUACAAUGCUUGCAGACCUUAGCCCCAGAAUACGUUUUCCGUCACCAAACGAAUGGGAAUUCAAUUUCACAAUGCAGAGUCAUUCAGCAUAAAGGUUGCGGAGAAAACACUGUUUUCUAUGGUGUUACAUGUAAGCAGGAUCAAUGUUGUGCUUGUAGAAAGAGACAUUUACAUGAUCUUUUCACAACAGUUCAUGGCAAUGUGGUUUACGGACUGAAAAAUCAUUUUAUCAUAAUCUUUGACUCUAAUUUUUCCUCAUUGAUGCAACAGUACUUAGCCCACAGUGAUAUUAUUGGCACCAUAAGAAGAGUGGAAAUCUUUGAAAGACGUGCCAUUAUGUUAGAAAUACAAUCGGAUAUCAGAAUGUUUAGCACUUAUAUGGUUUGCCAUGAAAUAUUAUCCAAAGUUUUUACAAAGGCUCAAUCUCUUUUCAAUCUUAUUGACGUUGCUGUAUGCGACACAGAGAAAUGUUCGUCAAUUUUACAAAAUAAGAAACGCAAAAUGGAGGUCCAUAUUGCUAGGCUACAGAGAUAUGAACACCGAUAUGAAAAAUCAGCAAUUAAACCAACACAGUUCAUUUCGUUUAUUAAAACUAGCUUGUCAAAAAUUGAUGGGAGGCUUAAUCUUGCACGGUUUAGUCACCUCUCCUGGAAUGAAUCAUUUAACAGGAAUAAUCUAAUGCAACUUUUUAGUCUAGAUAGAGUCACACAGGGGGGAAACGAAGUGCACCUGGUGACUCUCAGUUUGAAUUGAUGCCGAAAUCCGCGUUUCAGUCCAAGCAAUGCACGUUGACAGACACAUUUGGUUGUUUACACAUUUCACAUGUGAGACCAAACAUGUUCUGGGUCAGUGACCAUAGAAACAACCUCAUCCUAUUUGACGCGAACGGUAAUCCUCAACCUGAUUCAUAUAUUAAAGUAUAUGAUGAUGUUCAGGAUUUAACUGGAGCACAUACAGUGAACAAAAACAAUAGUUUGAUUUAUAUUGAUACAGAUAACAACAUUAUGCGCUUUUCAAAUGGCAAUACAUACACAGUAUACCAAAAAAAUGCAAACAGUGUAUGGCGAUAUAGAUGUGUAUAUAGCUCACUGUUAUCUGGAAAUUUGCUGAUCGGAAUGAGUAACAAGGAUUCAACCUGUAGCAAAGUAACCCAGUAUAAAAUCAAGAGUAACUGUUUAGGACAUCUCAUACAAACAAUACAAUACGACAACGCAGGAACUGAUUUAUAUGUUGGGCCUUGCUACAUAACAGAGAAUAACAACGGGGAUAUCGCUGUGUCUGAUUUGAAGAAUGGUGUAGUUGUAACAAAUAGUGAAGGGAGACAUCGUUUUACAUUUAACCAAGAUCCAUCCGGAAUUGUCAUAAGCCCAAAGGGAAUUUGUACUGAUCCAAUGUCACACAUAUUAGUUUGUGUUCGUCAUGAAGUAAUGAUGUUAGACAAGGAUGGUGUAUUUCUAUCAUAUAUUCUUUCGAUGCCACUAGAACUCAUGAAAAUAGCAAACAGUCUGAGUUUCGAUUUCAACACUCAUUGUCUAUGGGUCGGAUCAGUAAGUGACGGAAGAGUGCAUGCCUUCAAAUAUCUAAAACGGCCUGACGCUUUGUUGGAUGAAUGAGCAGUAACAAAACAACUGUAACUGAUGACCUGUCUAGAAGCAGACUAUGCUUAUAGACCAUGCAUCUAUAGACAUUGUGCUAACUGAUUACUUAUUUAUAUAUUUUAAACACAUCUUUUAAAAUGCAUCUUUCUCAAAUCACACUUGUGACAAAUCAGUUAAUGUUGUAAAGGAAGAAUGUAAACAUUUCUAACAAAAGUCCUAUUGUAACCGGCGACCAGAUGGAGAUGAUAUACAUGUAACUACUCUACAUCGGUGAUACUGUAAAAAUGCAAGUAUCACUGUUUCCCUCAGUUCUUUUAUUUUUUCUGAAUUUUAAGUAACCCAUAGAAGCAUUUUCCUUUUCAGAUCCUUUCAUUACUCCAUUUACGUAGGGCACUGGUUUGAUAACAGUUUCUUUUUCGUUUGUUUCUCGACUUAUUGUCAUACAUUUUGAUAAUCUAUCAUAUAUAAGAACAUACUUGAAUUCAAUUAUUUAUAAUUUAUUUCAAGUGUAGUACAUGUUUUCUCUCUAUAUAGUGCAUGUUUAUAUGAAAAUACCUUUUUUUUUCAUGAGGAGCUUACCAAAUAUUUGUGGAGGUAAACUUAUUCCCCUCUCUUAUACAAGACUAAUAUCUAAGACACCGUAGGAAUUUAUAUAUGUCUAUUGAUAUCAACACGAAUGAAGAUGUGUUCAUAUGUGUUAUGUUCUUCUUAAUAUUACAAUAAACUAAAGCUAGCCAUUGAUAAAACUUUA